CACCCUUUUUCCUCUUUCUUCCCCAUGCAACCAUGAUUUCACUUACUUCACAUCACAAUCAAAACAACAAAAACACGUUUCUACCUAUUUUCAUUCUCUCCAAACAAACAACGCCUUAAACCACCAUCACACCUUCUCAUUCUUUCAAUUCUAUUGCUUCCUUGCCAUUCAAGAAACCUCCCCUCACUUACACUAUUCUCAAGGAACAUUGCAUUGCUUAAACAAACACAAACAAACCCACUUUUCCAUUUUAAAAUCUCUAAAUUUUCUUCUUUUCUUUUAUUUCUCUAAGACUAAAUUGCUACUAAUUGAUUUUGUGUCGGUCACAUCUGACCGCAACUCUCUACAAUAUCAAAUAUUAUGGUAUCAAUGAUAUUUGACAGAGAUUCUAUAUGGUAUCAAAGAUCGUAGUCAAUUUUGAUUGACAUUACAUCAGUCACACAUACAAAUCUUAGUGUAAUUCUCUACAAUAUCAAAGAUCAUUAUAUGAAUUAUAUUUGACUAUAAUUCUCUACAAUAUCAAAAUCGUAGCUGCACCUGCAAUUUAAAACAUUGUUGAGGAUUGAAAAAAGUGAGAAAGUAUAGUGAUGGCUGGAAAUGAAUGGAUAAAUGGGUAUCUAGAGGCUAUACUAUCAACUGGUGCAUCAACCAUUGAAGAGCAAAAGCCAGCACAAGUGACACUACGAGAUGGAGGACAUUUCAAUCCAACAAAGUACUUUGUGGAAGAAGUGGUGGCAAGUGUUGAUGAAUCUGAUUUAUAUCGCACUUGGAUCAAAGUUGUCGCCACACGCAACACAAGGGAGAGAAGUUCAAGGUUGGAGAACAUGUGUUGGCGUAUUUGGCACCUUGCACGAAAGAAGAAGCAGUUGGAAUGGGAGGAAGUCCAAAGAGUGACGAACAGAAGAUGGGAGAGAGAACAAGGACGCAGAGAGGCAACAGAGGACUUGUCAGAAGACUUGUCAGAAGGAGAGAAAGGUGACAAUAUUGUUGAGAUGGUGCAAAGUGAGACUCCAAGAAAGAAAUUCCAGAGGCAGGUUUCUAAUUUGGAAGUGUGGUCUGAUGAUAAAAAGGAAAAGAAGCUUUAUAUUGUCCUCAUAAGUUUGCAUGGACUGGUAAGAGGAGAAAACAUGGAGCUUGGUCGAGAUUCCGACACUGGUGGACAGAUCAAAUAUGUGGUAGAGCUUGCUCGCGCGCUAGCGAAAAUGCCAGGAGUAUAUAGAGUUGAUCUAUUUACGCGCCAAAUCUCAUCGCCAGAAGUUGAUUGGAGCUAUGGAGAACCAACAGAAAUGCUAACUGCGGGCGACGAUGAUGAUAACAUUGGAGAGAGCAGUGGUGCAUAUAUAAUAAGAAUACCAUUCGGUCCGCGCGAUAAAUAUCUUCCAAAAGAACUUCUUUGGCCUUAUGUUCAAGAAUUUGUUGAUGGAGCAUUAACACAUAUUCUCAAUAUGUCAAAAGCAUUGGGUGAACAAGUUGGUGGAGGACAACCUGUUUGGCCAUAUGUAAUUCAUGGACAUUAUGCAGAUGCUGGAGAUAGCGCUGCUAUUCUUUCGGGCGCUUUGAAUGUACCGAUGGUUCUGACUGGUCAUUCGCUCGGAAGAAACAAACUCGAACAACUUCUUAAACAAGGACGCCAAUCAAAGGAGGAUAUCAACUCAACAUAUAAGAUGAUGAGAAGGAUUGAAGCAGAAGAACUUUCUUUGGAUGCUGCUGAACUUGUUAUCACUAGUACAAAACAAGAAAUUGAGGAGCAGUGGGGACUUUAUGAUGGAUUUGAUGUCAAGCUUGAGAAAGUAUUGCGUGCUCGCGCUAGACGUGGUGUCCAUUGUCACGGUCGAUACAUGCCAAGGAUGGCGGUUAUUCCACCUGGUAUGGACUUUAGCAAUGUUGUGAUACAAGAAGAUUGUCCUGAUGUUGAUGGAGAGCUUGCUCAACUUACUGGUGGUGGUGUUGAAGGGUCUUCUCCAAAAGCAGUGCCUACAAUUUGGUCAGAAGUUAUGCGUUUCUUUACAAAUCCUCACAAACCUGUGAUCUUGGCUUUAUCAAGACCAGAUCCAAAGAAGAACUUAACUACUCUUUUGAAAGCAUUUGGAGAAAGUCGUCCCUUAAGAGAACUUGCUAACCUUAUGCUGAUAAUGGGAAAUAGAGAUGACAUAGAUGAGAUGUCUUCUGGGAACGCUAGUGUGCUUGUAACAGUAUUGAAGUUGAUUGAUAAGUAUGAUCUCUACGGGCAAGUGGCAUACCCUAAACACCACAAGCAGUCUGAUGUUCCAGACAUAUAUCGUUUAUCGGCAAAAACAAAGGGUGUUUUCAUAAAUCCUGCUUUAGUAGAGCCUUUUGGUCUUACUUUAAUUGAGGCAGCAGCACAUGGCCUUCCAAUGGUGGCCACUAAAAAUGGAGGACCUGUCGACAUUCAUAGGGCUCUCAAUAAUGGUUUGCUUGUGGACCCUCAUGAUCAACAAGCAAUUACUAGUGCAUUGCUCAAGUUGUUGUCAGAGAAAAACCUAUGGCAUGAAUGCAGGAAAAAUGGUUGGAAGAAUAUACACCUAUUCUCAUGGCCUGAACACUGUCGCACUUAUUUGACUCGAGUAGCAGCUUGCAGGAUGAGGCAUCCACAAUGGCAGACUAGUACUCCAGUGGAUGACAUGACUGCUGGCGAGUCGUUCAAUGAUUCGCUUAAAGAUGUACAGGACAUGUCCCUUAGGCUCUCCAUCGAUGGUGACUUGGCCGGCGCAACUGGUGGAGCUGAUAUGCAAGACCAAGUUAAGAGGGUACUAAGCAAAAUGAAGAAAUCAGAUUCUGAUGUAUUGAUUGAACUGCCUGCUGACAAGUAUCCUCUUUUGAGACGAAGGCGUAGGUUGAUCGUUAUAGCAGUCGAUUCGUAUGAUGAUAAUGGAGCUCCGGAUAAAAAUAUGAUUCAAAUAGUGCAAAGAAUUAUUAAAGCUGUUCAACUAGACACUCAAACUGCUAGAGUUUCAGGAUUUGCUUUGUCAACUGCUAUGCCAAUGCUACAAACAAUUGAGUUUCUUAAAUCUGCAAACAUUCAAGUAAAUGAUUUUGAUGCUUUGAUUUGUAGUAGUGGGAGUGAACUUUACUAUCCUGGUGCUUAUACUGAAGACGGAAAACUUGCUCCUGAUCCCGAUUAUGAAGCGCAUAUCGACUAUCGUUGGGGUUGUGAAGGUUUAAAGAAAACUAUUUGGCAUCUUAUGAAUACUGCUGAAGGUGAAGCAAACGCUUCCAGCCCUAUUCAAGAAGAUGUGAAAUCAAGUAAUGCACAUUGCAUCUCAUACAUAAUAAAGGAUCUUAGUAAGACGAAGAGAGUUGAUGACUUGAGGCAGAAGCUUAGGAUGCGAGGCCUACGAUGUCAUCUGAUGUACUGCAGGGGGACAUCAUAUAUGCAAGUUAUUCCACUCCUUGCAUCUAGAGCACAGGCACUCAGGUAUCUCUUUGUCCGUUGGAGACUGAAUGUUGCAAACAUGUAUGUAAUUCUUGGAGAAACUGGGGACACUGAUUAUGAGGAAUUGAUUUCUGGAACUCACAAAACAAUAAUCAUGAAAGGUGUGGUGUCUAAAGGUUCAGAAGAAAAACUUAGAGGUCCAGGAAGUUACCAAAGAGGUGAUGUUGUACCAGAUGAGAGUCCUCUUGUUGCAUCUAUUACUGAAACAUCUGAGGAAAAUAUUGCUCAUACUUUGAAGGAACUAUCUAAAUCUCAAGGAUGAUUUGAAGUGCUUAAGUAAAAACAGCUAUAGGUGUAAUUUUCUAUAUUAUAUUAUAGGUUUAAAUAUGAUUUUUGUUGGUAUUAAUUACUUAAGUUUUUUUAUUUGUUUAUGUGUAUGAUAUCAACGACUUAAAAGACGAAGAAAAAAAAACUUUGUAUUUGUAGGAACUAAAAUGAUAAUUAAAUCUAUAUUUUAUUACAUUUUGUAAAAAACUAUUAGUUACUAUGACAGUUACC